CUUUACUAAUGCCCCAAAGACAAACAAACGGCAACACAACCUCGAUCUCCGGCGAAACAAUGGCGGCGAUAAGCAGGAUUCUGGUGAUCGGAGGAACUGGGUAUAUCGGAAAAUUCAUGGUCGAAGGAAGCGCGAAAUCAGGUCACCCUACGUUUGCUCUGCUCAGAGAGUCAUCUGUUUCCAAUCCCGACAAGGCCAAACUCGUUCAAGGAUUCAAAGAUCUAGGCGUCAACAUUCUCUACGGCGAUCUAAAUGACAAUGUGAGCUUAGUGAAGGCGAUAAAACAGGUCGAUGUGGUGAUAUCGACGGUUGGUAACUCACUAGUCUUGGAUCAGACCAAGAUCAUUUCUGCAAUCAAGGAAGCUGGCAAUGUUAAGAGAUUCUUACCUUCUGAGUUUGGGAAUGAUGUUGAUCGCUCAAGGGCGAUCGGGCAUGUGAGAAAGGAAUUUGAUAUGAAGGCUCAGAUUCGUCGUGCCAUAGAGGCCGAAGGGAUACCCUAUACGUAUGUACACAGCAAUUGCUUCGCUGGUUAUUUCACAGCUUCUUUGUGCCAAUGCCACUUGAGACUUAAAACCCCUCCUACAGACAAAGUCAGCAUCUAUGGGGAUGGCAGUGUCAAAGUUAUUAUCAAUAAGGAAGAAGACAUUGCUGCAUACACCAUGAAAGCUGUUGAUGACCCGAGAACUCUAAACAAGAAGCUCUUCGUCAACCCCCCCAAGAACAUCCUCUCCACGAACGAAAUUGUGGCCCUUUGGGAGAAAAAGAUCGGAAAAUCUCUCGAAAAAACAUACAUUUUGGAGGAAGAACUCCUCAAGAGCAUUGAAGAGUCCCCAGGUCUUCUCAGUUAUCUCUUCUCUUUGAACCAUGCAUUGUUCAUCAAGGGCGACCUCACUUGGUUAGGCGUCGACCCUUCAACAGGAGUGGAGGCUUCUGAGCUUUAUCCCGACGUCAAAUACACGAGCGUGGAUGAACAUUUGGAUCAGUUUGUCUGAGAAUUCUCAUAUGAGUGUGUAUUGUUACUGUGAACAAAGCGGCAAUGGUCGUUUGUAAUAAGGAUUGCUUUUGCUUCAUGCAUGUUUUAGAGAUGUAAUUUGUGGGGUUGUGGUUUUCGGUUUCGGACAAAUCUCUUGUUCUACCGGAGUAUAAUGAUUUUUUUUUUUGAUAACGGCAGAAACCCAAUCACAACC